AUGAAGGCCCUUGCUUCACGAACCUCCUUUCCCGGCCUCAACACACAAAACUCGUCUUCAGCAAAUUCCUGGUCGGACCUCGUCGCCAGUAGUAAUGCCAACCAAAAUUCUGAUUCAGAAGAUCGAGAGCGCCGUAUUAGCAAUGCGUCAUCCCAAGGGUUAUCAUCCUCCCAAGGACUUUCGGCAGCCUUAUCCAACUUGCAACUGAGCAGCUAUGUGGAACGAUCCCCAGCGACCGCUCGCUUGGUUCUACAGUCGCCCUGUUACUUCCACCAACGCUUCGACGACGCCGUGAAUAUUAAAAAAGUCCUCGAGGAAAUCGCUGAUGAUGAAUGGUUGUCACAUUCGCGAUUAGUACAGACCGCAACGGGGGUUCGAGAGGUAUCAAAACAAUUACAACGCCGACCAAUCAAGCGCGCGGUUCGAAAUAUUAUGAUUGUGACCAAGGCGCGUGACAACAGCCUCGUACAUUUGACGCGGGAACUCGCCGAAUGGCUACUAUCUACCCCGCGAUACGGAAGUGAUGUGGGAGUCAACGUCUAUGUCGAUGCAAAGUUACGGAAUUCCAAACGCUUCGAUACGCCGGGCUUACUUCAGAAGGAACCACGGUUCGCACAGAUGCUACAAUUUUGGACCCCAGAUAUGUGUUGGACGUCACCGGAUAAAUUCGAUUUGGUUCUGACGCUUGGUGGCGAUGGAACCGUCUUGUUUACCUCAUGGUUGUUCCAACGGGUCGUGCCGCCCGUGUUCUGUUUCUCACUGGGGAGUCUGGGAUUCCUCACCAACUUCGAGUUCGAGGAAUAUAGAUCCCAUCUUAAUGGCGUCAUGGGAGAUAUCGGCAUGCGUGUCAAUCUGCGCAUGCGAUUCACCUGCACGGUAUUCCGCAAAGAUCGGAGCAAGGGCGCUGAAGUUGGAGCAGUCGAGGAGGGCGAGCAGUUCGAGGUUCUCAAUGAAGUAGUCAUUGACCGCGGGCCAUCUCCUUAUGUGUCGAACUUGGAAUUAUAUGCCGACAACGAGUUAUUGACUGUGGUCCAAGCCGACGGUUGCAUUUUCUCCACGCCUACUGGCUCUACUGCUUAUUCUUUGUCCGCUGGCGGCUCCCUUAUGCACCCUUCUAUUCCCGGAAUUCUCCUUACCCCGAUCUGCCCUCAUACCCUCUCCUUCCGUCCCAUGGUUCUUUCCGACUCCCACCUGCUCCGCGUUGCAGUUCCCAACACUUCCCGAUCCACCGCUUACUGUUCUUUCGAUGGAAAGGGCCGCAUCGAGCUUCGACAAGGCGACUAUGUCACCGUCGAAGCCAGCCAAUACCCAUUCCCAACUGUCGUAUCCGAUAGCGGCGAAUGGUUCACAAGUGUCCAACGCGCCUUGCGCUGGAAUACCCGUGGCGCCGUCCAAAAAAGCUGGGAUGGAGACAUAAGCGGCGACGGCGAAGAUGAACAAUGGGACAUCGACACGGACACUGGACUUGCCGGCACCGAUAGCGGCAUCGGCCCUAGCGAAGAUGGCGACUCCUUUUCUCCCAACCCCAUGCGUCGACAGAUGAGCCUGCUCAACAUGUGA